CUCUCUAUUUUCUUCUCCACAGGGAAAUACAGACACACAAAAUAAAUUGCAUCCCGAUACAAUAUACGUUGACAUAUUAAGAAUUAUUCAAGAUGGGUCAGGACGAAAAAACACAAGAGGAGAUGGACAAACAGAUUGAGAUCUUCAAGGUGAAGAAACUUAUCAAGAAUCUGGAAGCCGCUCGCGGAAACGGUACAUCAAUGAUUUCCCUGAUCAUCCCCCCUGGUGAUCAGAUUUCUCGGGUCAACAAAAUGCUGAGUGACGAAUACGGAACCGCAUCCAAUAUUAAGAGUCGAGUCAAUCGUUUGUCUGUGCUCAGUGCCAUUACCUCGACACAGCAACGAUUGAAGUUGUACAACAAGUGUCCACCAAACGGACUAGUUAUGUACUGCGGAACCGUGAUCACGGAAGACGGAAAGGAACGCAAGGUAAACAUUGAUUUUGAACCCUUCCGGUCCAUUAAUACGUCGUUGUAUUUGUGUGACAACAAGUUCCACACGGAGGAUCUCAACGAGUUGCUUAUUGACGAUGAGGCCUUUGGAUUUAUCAUCAUGGAUGGUAACGGAUGUCUCUACGGAACCGUCCAGGGAUCCAGCCGAGAGAUUCUCCACAAGUUCUCGGUCGAUCUCCCCAAGAAGCACGGUCGUGGUGGUCAAUCCGCCCUUCGUUUUGCUCGAUUGCGUUUGGAAAAGCGACACAACUACGUCCGCAAGGUCGCCGAACUCGCCACCCAACUGUUUGUGCCAGAUGGACAAAAACCAAACGUACAGGGUAUUGUUCUUGCCGGUUCGGCCGACUUCAAAAGCGAGCUGAUGCGAUCCGACCUUUUCGAUCAGCGUCUCCACAAAAUCGUUGUUAAGAUGGUUGACGUAAGUUAUGGAGGAGAGAAUGGAUUCAACCAGGCAAUCGAGCUCUCCGCUGAUUCUCUCGCCAACGUCAAGCUGAUGAAGGAGAAGAAACUCCUCCAGAAAUAUUUUGACCAGAUUGCCCAGGACACGGGACAGUAUUGUUUUAUGGUGGAUGACACCCUAAGGGGACUCGAGAUGGGUGCUGUGGAAGACCUGAUAAUCUGGGACAACCUUGAGAUCCAGCGAUACAAGGUACGAAACAUCCAAACACAAGAAGAAAAAGUUCUUCAUCUUACGAAGGAACAGGAGGGCGACGACAAGUUCUUCCGAGACGCAGAGACGGGGGCUGAACUCGAAACAAUCGACAAGGAGCCCUUGGUGGAAUGGUUUGCUGAAAACUACAAGGAUUACGGGUGCAACCUCGAGUUUAUUACGGAUCGGUCCGCCGAGGGGACGCAGUUCGUGAAAGGCUUCGGUGGAAUUGGCGGUACUCUUCGGUGGAAGGUCGAUUUGGCGGAACUGAAUUCUCUGGAGGAAGCCGCUAAUAUGGACCAUGGUGUCGGCGGGGAUGACUCCGAUGACGAUUCCGAUGAUGGCAGCGAAUAUGGUUUUGACGACGGCGACUUUGGAUUUUAAACAGGAAAAAAAUAAAUGAAUAAAAAAUAAACACAAAU